AUGUCCGACACAAAACAACAGAUCCUAAUUGUUGAACCAAAAAAUGAGUUGAAUACUGAAGUUCGUUUAAACAUUAUUAUUACCUCGAUGAUAAAUUUGUCCAACCAACUGGAUACUUUAGUGUGCUUAGAGAUGAAAACAACCGUACCUAAGCGUUAUUGUGUUAGAUUGAGCAGUGGGAUGGUGAAACCUAUAGAAACCCGCUCGGUUACUGUUAUGCUUCAACCAUUUAGUGAAAAGACAAAACAUAAGUUUAUGAUCCAAAGCAUGAUUUUCCCUGAGGAUUGUGACAAUUUUGAGAAUGCGGAUCCUGUCAAAAUCAUGAACUUGAAACUUUUAAAAAUGGCUGGAGGGCUUAUCGUUAUACCGAGACAUGAAUUAUUGUUUGAAGGACCGUUUACCCAGACAGUUCAGUCUACCGUCACUCUGAAGAAUCCGUCAACCGUAAUCUACUUUAAGCUCCAGGCAUCUUUUACGCGUUUCUUUGCAUCACCAACCACUGGGGUUAUUGAACCAGAUGGAAAGACACGAGUUACUGUUGUGGUUUAA